UUACCACGGAUAUCGACCAGAUAAAAGCUUUAAUCGAUUCCGAUCGGCAAAUCACAGUUCGGGAGAUUGCAGCGAGGUUAAAAAUUGGCAAGUCAACUGUUUCCGAAUAUUUAAGCAAACUUCAAAUGGUAAAAAAGCUCGAUGUUUGGGUGCCGCACGCUUUAACUGAAAAAAAUCGUAUUGAUCGCAUUUCCAUCUGCCAUUUGCUAUACAAACGCAACGAAUACCAUCCAUUUCUGAAACGAAUCGUAACAGGCGAUGAGAAGUGGAUCAUUUAUAACAACGUCGUGCGGAAAAGGUCGCGGAGCAAGCGAAAUGAACCGGCAUUAACAACUUCGAAGCCCGGUUUACAUCCAAAGAAGGUUAUGCUCUGCAUUUAG